CUGCUCUGUAGGAUCCUAGAAGUGUGGGUCUCACUAAAGGCAGAUGGAGGAUGGAUUAUAGAACCCUUAGAGUCAGCACUGGGCCCUGAGAAAUGCUAAAGCAGUGGCUGGACCCCAAAAUGUUGAGGGAUCAAGUCUGAACCCUGUUCCUAGGGGUACUGGCUGCACAUGCCUCCCCAGGUUCUUACACCUGGUCACGUGGUGUAGUAAGUAUCUAGUCCUGACUGAGGACAUUUAAUGUCACUGUUCACAUUGCUCAUUAAGAACCCACCAGUUACACAGGUGAAAACCCAGUUAGGAUGCUUGCUACACCAAUGAGCAAUUCUGAAGAUGGUGGGGGUGGGGACUUACAUGCAGACAACAGCCCUUCCACUCUCCCACCCUCCUCCACACUCCCGCCCCCACCCCCACUCCCACAAGGAGGCUCCUCAGUGGGAAGCUGGGGGACCACACAGAGGCAUCUUGAAGUAAAUGCUGCCUGAUCCCUAGGCUAGCUGCUCCUGAACAUUCUCCACCCAUCCCAGUUAAAAUACUCGAACGUGUGCAAAAAAAUUAGAGAUACCAAGGGAACAUUUCAGGCAAAGAUGGGCUCAAUGAAGGACAGAAAUGGUAUGGACCUAAUGGAAGCAGAAGAUAUUAAGAAUUAAGAUAAGCAGAAUACACAGAACUAUACAAAAAAGAUCUUAAUGACCCAGAUAACCAUGAUGAUUUGAUCAGUCAUCUAGAGACAGACAUCUUAGAGUGUGAAGUCAACUGGGCCUUAGGAAGCAUCGCUAUGAACCAAGCUAGUGAAGGUGAUGGAAUUCCAGCUGAGCUAUUUGAAAUCCUAAAGAUGAUGCUGUGAAAGUGCUGCACUCAAUAUGCCUGGUAAUUUGGAAAACUCAGCAGUGGCCACAGGACUGGAAAAGGUCAGCUUUCCCGGCCUUGACCCCAGGUAUGUGAACUGGACCCGGGACGAUGAGGAGCAGAACCUGGUGGCCUUGCAGUAUCACGGGCAGAUCUUCUAUGGAACCUGCCAAGUGGUCAGGCCGAGUUGUGAGCUGCUGGUCUGGUACGGGGACGAGUAUGGCUGGGACCUCAGCAUCAAGCGGGACAGCAGCGGGAAGAGCGAGCUCGCGGCCGGGAGAGCAGAACCGAAGCCCAAGAUCCACCCACGUGCCUCCUGCCCUCUGGCCUUCUCCAGUCAGAAGUUCCUCAGCCAACAUGUCCAACGCAAUCACCCCUCUCAGACCCUCCUGAGGCCAUCUAUAGGAGACCAACUCCAACCAGAGGAUCCCUGCCCAGACAAUCAAAAUCAGCAGCAGCGAUAUUCCAAUCCACACAGCCCAAGUGACAAACCUGAGGGUCGCGAGGCCAAGGAUAGGCCCCAACCUUUGCUGAAAAGCAUAAGGCUGAAGAGGAUUUCAAGGGCCUCCUCCUACUCACCCAGAGGACAAGUGGGGGGUUCUGGGGUGCAUGAGCGAAUCACAGAAGAGCCCAGCACAAGCCAGAAACUGAAUCCAAAGGACACAGGAAAAUUAUUCAUGGGGGCAGGGGUCUCAGGGAUUAUAAAAGUCAAGUACGGAGAGUGUGGGCAAGGAUCCAAGGAUAGGUCAAGUCUCAUCACACACCAGAGGACACACACAGGGGAGAAGCCCUAUGUUUGCAGGGUGUGUGGGCAAAGCUUCAGUCAGAAGUCCCAUCUCAACAGACACCAGAGGACACACACAGGGGAGAAGCCCUAUGUUUGCAGGGGGUGUGGGCAAAGCUUCAGUCGGAAGUCCCAUCUCAACAGACACCAGAAGACACACACAGGGGAGUAGCCCUGUGUUUGCAGGGAGUGUGAGUGAGUCAUGACCAACAAACCACAUCUUAGCCACAGGAGAAUUACUGCAGCCACCCCAUGCUUCAGCUCUAAGGGGGCCUCAGAGGAGGUCUAUGGCCCGUUACUGUCCCCAAGGGUAUGAGGAGAGACUUCCCAGGUGGUCCAGGGGCCAAGACUCCAAUGCAGAGACCCAUGUUCAACGCCUGAUUGGGGAACUAGCUCCCACAUGCUGCAACAAAGACACAGAGCAGCUGAAUAAAUAAACACAUAAAUAAAUAUUUUAAAGAAAGAGUGUGAUAAGCACAGAAUUAAUUGAUUAAAUAGACAGUCCAUUUUCAUGACAGGAGAGGAGGUAGAUAAACAGCAGAGGGUUUCUUAAGUGUUCUGGAGAUAUUCAUGCCAACUGCCUUCGUGGUUUUUUGUACUCCUAAUAAAUUUUGUCUCCAAACAAA